AUGUCUCCAGAGAAGAGUAUGUCCCUGCCUUUAUUUGCUUUGGCUACAGGGAGUGAGAUCAUUGUGACAAAUGAGUCCCAUACAGUGAAUGUUCAGGUUGGCCUUGAGACAGUUGUAAAGGUGCUGGAGAAUAGUAAAGCUCCCCAUGGUCUCCAGAUGUUAAAGCUAUCUUGCACGUCCAAGAUAAACCACACUGGUCCUAAUACAGCUUCCUCUUCCAUGCUGGUUUCUAUUUGGUCUAUGGAAAUGCAAGACCUAGCGAGUCCCCAUGCCUUGGUAGGAGGCAGUGAUACACAUGGGGGCUCUAAACUGGAUAAAUCCAGUCUCAGCAGCACAUCAGUCACAACAAAUGGGACAGGAGGGGACAACAUGACUGUUUUAAACACAGCAGACUGGCUGCUGAGUUGCAACACCCCCUCUUCUGCAACAAUGUCUCUUCUUGCAGUCAAAACAGAGCCCUUGAACAGCAAUGAAACCACAACCACGACUGGAGAUGGAGCGCUUGACACUUUUACUGGGUCAGUAAUAACGAGUAGUGGUUACAGCCCCAGAUCAGCGCACCAGUAUUCCCCGCAGCUAUACCCCUCCAAGCCCUAUCCACACAUUCUUUCUACACCAGCAGCUCAAACGAUGUCGGCCUAUGCAGGCCAGACUCAAUAUUCGGGGAUGCAGCAGCCAGCCGUCUACACAGCCUACUCACAGACAGGACAGACCUAUAGCCUGCCUGCUUAUGAUCUUGGUGUGAUGUUGCCAGCCAUCAAGACAGAAAGUGGGCUUUCCCAAACUCAGUCUCCAUUACAGAGUGGCUGCCUCAGUUACAGCCCUGGGUUUUCUACCCCACAACCCGGCCAGACACCUUAUUCUUACCAAAUGCCAGGCUCCAGUUUCGCACCAUCAUCCACCAUUUAUGCAAAUAAUUCUGUUUCCAAUUCAACAAAUUUCAGUGGCUCCCAACAGGAUUACCCAUCCUACACAGCCUUUGGCCAAAACCAAUAUGCUCAGUAUUACUCGGCAUCCACCUAUGGGGCAUAUAUGGCAUCAAACAACACAGCCGAUGGCACAUCAUCAUCAGCCUCAACUUACCAGCUACAGGAAGCUCUCCCAGGUCUGACUAGCCAGCCAGGAGAGUUUGAUACGGUGCAGAGCCCCUCCACACCAAUCAAAGACCUUGAUGACAGAACAUGCAGAAGUUCUGGGUCAAAGUCUCGAGGAAGAGGCCGGAAAAACAACCCCUCACCACCUCCGGACAGUGACCUGGAGCGCGUGUUCGUCUGGGACUUGGACGAAACCAUCAUUGUCUUCCACUCUCUCCUCACCGGCUCGUACGCACAGAAGUAUGGCAAGGAUCCCCCAAUGGCUGUGACCCUCGGGCUCCGAAUGGAGGAAAUGAUCUUUAAUCUUGCUGAUACGCAUUUGUUUUUUAAUGACUUAGAGGAGUGUGAUCAAGUUCACAUAGAUGAUGUGUCCUCAGAUGACAACGGUCAGGACUUAAGUACCUACAGUUUUGCAACUGAUGGCUUCCAUGCAGCUGCAAGUAGUGCGAACCUUUGUUUGCCAACAGGUGUAAGAGGAGGAGUGGACUGGAUGAGGAAGUUGGCUUUUCGCUACAGAAGAGUAAAGGAAUUGUAUAACACAUACAAGAACAAUGUUGGAGGACUCCUUGGCCCUGCCAAGAGGGAUGCGUGGCUGCAAUUAAGGGCAGAGAUCGAAGGCCUAACAGAUUCCUGGCUAACGAAUGCACUUAAGUCUUUAUCAAUUAUUAGUACUAGGAGUAACUGUGUAAACGUCUUGGUAACGACGACGCAGCUGAUCCCGGCCCUGGCGAAGAUCCUGCUCUACAGCCUAGGAGGUGCUUUUCCCAUUGAGAACAUUUACAGUGCAACGAAAAUAGGAAAAGAAAGUUGCUUUGAACGAAUAAUGCAAAGGUUUGGCAGAAAAGUAGUAUAUGUUGUAAUUGGGGAUGGUGUAGAAGAAGAGCAGGCAGCGAAAAAGCACAACAUGCCCUUUUGGAGGAUAUCAAGCCACUCGGACCUCUUGGCUCUACACCAAGCACUGGAAUUAGAGUAUUUGUAA